GAAGUGGCGGCCGGAGCGGCUGGAAGGAAGGAGGCCGAGUCGGAGGAAGAUGUCGGAGUACGAGGCCGUCCAGCGGGGAGCUCUGCGCCUGAAGGGCGGCGUCGGGGUGUCCCCCGCAGGGAAGCGGAAGAAAAAGAAAGAUAAGGAGAAAAGCAAGAUCGUGGACCAGAUCGUGAGCAGCAAGAUGCAGGAGGAGGAGGAGGAGGAAAAGCGCGCCCUGGACAAGAGGACCCCAGCGCAGCUGGCCUACGAGAAGAUGCAGGAGAAGCGGCAAAUAGAGAGGAUCCUGAAGAAAGCAUCGAAAACCCACAAGCAGAGAGUGGAGGAUUUUAAUCGGCACCUGGACACCUUGACAGAACAUUACGACAUCCCGAAAGUCAGCUGGACCAAAUAAGACAUUUUUUGUUUUGCUUCCCGCACUCCCCAUCCUUGUCUCGUUUUGCUAAAGGGGCACAACUCGGCAGACGGGACCGUUUCUGGAUCGGAGACAUUGUUCAGCACGACUUCCUGUAACAGGUUCAAUUAAACUUGCGUUUUACAAGCAGAUCAAACAUCUGGAUCUUACAGCUUCAAGUAAACGGCCGCUCUUCUUUACCUGCCGAAAAUCUCCAUUGGAUGUUUUCCAUUAUAUUAUCACAUAUUUAAACAAUGUAUCUGACUCUAGCUUAAAUAAAGGCAAGGAAGGCCAUAUACAAAACGUUUGU